UUACGUCACGAACGAAGCUGUCCUUCUGUAAACAUGGCGUCCGUAACAACAGCCACCUCGGAGUGGAUCCAGUUCUUCAAAGAUGCUGGGAUCCCUGCUGGUCUGGCUGUCAACUACGCCGUGUCUUUUGUGGACAACAGGAUCCAGAAGAACAUGCUGAUGGACCUCAGUAAGGAGAUCAUGAUGGACCUGGGCAUCACUGUCAUCGGUGACAUUAUUGCCAUCCUCAAACAUGCCAAACAGGUCUACCGACAGGACAUGUGCAAAAUGGCCACACAGGCCAUAACCUCAGGACAGUCCAGCGUUCAGACCGAACUCCGAAGAACUGCCAACACCCCCGCCACACGUAUGAUUGCCAACGCCUUGAGCCGCGACUCACCGCCAAGCACACCAGCCCAUCACCCUGACAACCGGGCAAUCUCUGUGACAGUGUCCAACAAACAGGCCAAGAGUGGUAAAGCAGUGCUGAGCCGGCCUGCUGACGAGGGGAACGGUCUGCCAGUGAAGCGUCGGCGCGUGACUGCAGAGAUGGAAGGCAAGUACAUCAUCAACAUGCCCAAAGGCACCACGGCACGCACCGCCCGAAUCCUGGCCCAGCAGGCCAAGAAAGGGAACAAGCGGAUGUCUGUGUUUGAGCGACUUGGAGCCGAGUCCAAGGCAGAUACCACCACGGGUAGCAGCAAGGCCACUGGUGUGUUCAGUCGUCUGGGCCGAGCAGACGGAUCGGAGGAGGAGCAGGGAACAGCAGGAAGGGUUGAUGUAGAUGAGGAGGAGGAGGAGGAGGAGGAUGAUAGUGAUGGAGAAGGUUCGGUCCUACAGUACGCUGGCGUCCUCAAGCGACUCCCACCCUCCCAGAAGAAAGAGCCUGUGGCCCCCAAGCUGGCCACCACCACCCUUCGCCGCCUAGGAGGGAAAUUCAAACCCCCCCCCACUGACUCUCCCUCCUCCUCCUCUUCCUCCACCGAUGGCCUCCCCCCUGCCAAGCUCAGCGUGCUUCAGAGACUGGGCAAGCCCCCUGCCUCCCCAACGCCCGCCGACACCCAGGACAGCCGGGUGACCAGCACCAGAAAUAAGGCCCGGCCAGGCCUGGCCCUGGCCAGCCCCAAGGUCAGCAGCAGCACCAGGGCUGGAGGAGGGGAGAGUUUUGGGGCUCAGAUGGACGUAGGGUCGGUCAAUGUCUUUAAGAGACUGGGCAGCAGGAGGACCUAACACAUAUCAGGCCAUGUCUAGACCUAUACAGUACCUUUUUUAUUAUGUUAUAUUAUCCCCUCUACCUGCUGGAGUCAUGAAAAGCAUUGUAGAGGUUAUAGAGGUUUGAGAUGACCACUGCAAUUAGCCUGGGUGAAUUAAAAGUUUGAAUGUUGCAUCAGGUUUUUAGGGAAUGUUUUGAAAGGUAAGUUUAGUUUCUAUAGUCAUGAAUUGACCCAUCCGAGCUAGCUAUAUUUUUAGGUUAGACCGAUACAGACAAAAGAUGGUCACGCAUGGUGCCAUAUUCAAACUGCAUUUUCUCCACACUACUGCUCCAAGGCGUUUAAACCCUCUGUACCCAUCUCCAGCUUUUUAGUUGUAUUAUUUUAUUCUGUUAUGGCAUGUCACCAACACAGUGGCCUCUUGACCUCAUAUCCCUCCAGUUGGGGAUUGCAGCCUUCCAUCCUUUACCCCCCUCUGGAAGGCUAGUUAUCGUGACAUGUUGAUAACAUCACAUAGAGAGCUAGCCUGGGUACCAGUCUGUUUGUGCUAACAUUCCACUCCUUGUCAUGCUAUGUUUGUUAUAUGACACGGAGUACAAGGAGUGGAAUGUUAACACAAAACAGGUCUGUAUUUUAGGCAUACGGAGAGCUGCUUCUAGAGAAGUUGGCUCAGAGAUAGAAGGAAUUGUUGGAACGCAGGAUGUAAUGUUAUAACCCAUAUCACCUAAGCACUCACCUCACCUGGGCUGUGACUACCGGGUACAGGAGAAGUACAGUCAACUGUUAAGACCUUAAUGCUGUAACUCUGGACAACAGCAACAAGCAAACAAAGCAACCUCUCAACCCACAAGCAAGAGCAUCUCAUCACCUCAUUUUAUAUUAACUGUAUUUGUAGAAAUGUGUAAAUGCAUAUUGCGUGAUGGUACCUACAUUUGAAGGCUCCACCACCACAUUGGUUGUGUACACCCAUCUGCUUGAAAGCCAAGAGAUUCCGAGUUGUCUGUUCACGUAAUAGGAAGUUACCCUCCCUUGACCUGGAAGUAGAUGUUAUUGUGAGGUUUUUCCCAGGGCUUAAUCAGUACGUUGCAGAUAUAAAUGUAAUGUAUAGAGCUGACAUGAUGCUUUAGUUGACUAACAGAGAAGCAUGUUAGUUCUGCACCAUACAUUUCUAUCUAAAUGUCUAAUGUUGUGCUUUCCUGAAUAAGCCCCUGGUUUGCCAUAAUUCAGCAUGGUAAAGGAACUGAUAUGUAAUGUCCCCUUGAUAUUGAUACAAUACUUAGCAGGUGUUCACCCAACUCAAUGUCAUUUUGAGACGUUAUCUUUUAUUUAUUUUUUAUUAAACUUCACACCGGAACUUUA